GGCGGGCCGGGCCGGGCCGGGCCGGGCGAACGGGGCAUGGCGGCGGGGGACGGGGAGGCGGCGCGGAGCCAGGCGUCCCUACGGCGCCGGCUGCAGAGCUCAGAGGAGGCGCAGCACCGGCAAGCGGUGCUGGUGCGGAAGCUGCAGGAGAAGUUGCUACAGUAUCGGACCUGGUGUCGUGAGUUGGAGCAGCAACUUGAAGCCGGAGGGUUGAGUGGGCAGGGAUCCCUUUCAGACAGAUGGGAACCCACAGAGGAGCACAGCCUGGAAAAAGCACUGCUCCAGUUGGAAGAGGAGCAGCGAAGGUGUGAGAACCUGGCAGAAGUGAACACUCUCCUGCGGGAGCACCUGGAUAAAGCAAAUGAGGUGAAUUCAGCUCUUAAAGAGGAUGUUGGAAAACUGACGGCAGAUUGGAUGAGGGCCCGGAAGGAACUGGAAUUGAAGGAGAGUGAAUGGCGCAAUGAACGUGAGUUUUAUGACAGCUACUUAAGGGGUGAGCAUAACCGUCUUCUGAGCCUGUGGCGUCAGGUGGUGACCUUCCGCCGUCAUUUUGUGGAAAUGAAGACCGCCACUGACAGAGAUUUGUCAGAGCUGAAGGCAGAGCAAAUGAGGCUCUCUGGAUCUAUACUUGUAAACUGCUUCCGUCUAAACUCUGGCAUACAGCUCUGGGAGUCCAUCACUUUGGGUAGACCUGUCCUAAAGGAUCAGGCACAGCAGCAAAUGGAAAGGGAAAUAAACCAGAAGACUUUGGAAGUGAUGUGUUUACAAAUCAAGGGUGACCUGGAGAAGAAGGAACUUCAAGAUAGGGUGAUGGAGCUCUCAGCCUUGCUUAUACAGUCUCAGAAGCAGAAUGAGGAGAAGGAGAAGACCAUGAAAACACUUAACGACACUGUGGAGAUUCUAGAAGCAAGUCGAUUAGAGGUAGAAUAUGAAGCUUCAUUGACUAAAAAUGCCAAAGAAGAGAAUCUUGCCCUUCAAAAGUUAAUCAAAGAUAUAACUGAGGUGGUGUUAGAUGACAGUGACAGCACGGUCAGCCUUGUCUGCACUGACAAUUUCCAGCGUCCAGAGUCUAUCAACGUCCUUGCUUGUCUGAGCUCCCUUGAUACAGACCAUGCCUUUGUAUUGGUUCAGGAAGCACUGGCAAGGAGGCAAAGAGCAACACAGGCCUUAAAAGAAGAGCUUUCUGCUAGACAGGACUCUAUAAAUUCCCUGCAGCACCAGCACAGACAGCAGGAGGAAAAGUGCAAAAAGCUGCAGCAACGGCUUGAGCAACUGGAAGAGGAAAGUAAGAUGUCAAGCAGUCAACAGCAGCACCUUCAGUCCCUGGUAGAAUCACUCAAAAGUGAUUGUGCAAACCUAGAGAAAACCAGGAGAGAACUACAGCAACAGCUAGAUGAAAGUGAGCAAGAAGCCUCGCGUCUGCGUCGAAGUAACACUGAACUGCGGCUGAAGGAAGAUUCAGCCCAAGGGGAAAAGCUGGAGCAGCAACAAGCAAUGGAGAGAGUAUGUCAUGACCAGGACCUCCUUCUGAAGGACUUAGCUGCACUUGAAGCAAAACAUUCAUUAUUACAGAGUGAGUUGGUAGUCACAAGAGAGAUGCUGGAGGAAUCACACCUUCAGAGGGAUCUGCUGAAGCAAGAGAAACAUGAGCUUACAAUGGCACUGGAAAAGGCAGAGCAGUCAGUAGCAGAGUUGACAGGAGCUCAGAAUAAGCAGAGUUCUGAAAUAGCUGAUCUACAUGUUGCCACAGCAAAGAUGAGCAGUAUUAAUGAAGCUCUUGCAUUGGAUAAAGUGCAACUGAACAAGCUUGUGUUGCAGCUGGAACAAGAGACCGAAGUUCUGUCAGGUAAAGUGGAUGAGAUGGAGAGAGCAAAGAUCUCUGUACAGGAGAAGAUGAGCUCUUAUAAAAGAACAAAUGAAGAGCUUUGCGCAGAGAAAUCCCACCUGGAGCAGCUGCUGAAGAAAGCAGAGGAGCAACAGGAGGGGCUGCAGGUGCAACUGAGAAUACUGACAGAGGAGAAGGAAGAAACCCAGCUAAAACUCAACCAGGUUUACCUCCAGCAAGAGUCAGCUAGCAGUGGUUUGGAGCAGUUGCGCCAAGAGUCCUCUCGCCAAGAGGAUGCACUGGCCAAGGUGUCCAAAGAGAAGGAAUUCCUGGUGCAUGAGAAGGCUGCCCUUGAAGUGCGACUGGCAGCUGUGGAACGGGACAGACAAGACCUUUCAGAGCAGCUGGCAGAGGCCAGGUCAGUGAAGGAGACCCUGGAAUCCAGCCUGUUUGAGGCUCAGCAGCGUAUAUCUCAGCUGGAGAUCAGCAGGAGUCAGCUUGAAAUCCAACUGCAUACAGUCAUCCAGGCUAAGGAAGUGGUGCAAGGGGAAGUGAAGUGUCUUCAAAGUGAGUUGGAAGCAGAGAGAUCUUUAAUGAAGCAGGAACGGGAAAACAUGGCACAACAGCUCCUGCAGACAGAACAGCAGUAUAACAAUGCUCUCAAACUUCAUCAAACUGAUCACGAAGUGGAAAUAAACAAACUCCUACAAGACCUGGCAAAUGAGCGGGAAGGGCACCAUUUAGAGCUGCAGGAGAUGCUGGAGCACUGGGAAAAGGAGAAAGCAGAGACAGAAGGUGAGCAUGAGAAGAAGCUGUUUGAUAUGAAGCAGAAAGUUGCUACCAUGCAAGCUCAACAAGAAGAGGAACGAACUAGAGUUGAAAAUGCUAAGCAAGAGGUCCUGCUAGAAAAAGAGAGUGAGAAGAAAGCUUUAUUAGAGACACUACUCCAAACUCAGGGAGAGCUAACAGAAGCCUGCCAACAGCUUGAGCAACUCAGGCAAGAGGUGAAAGAGCAGCAAGUGUAUGGGCAGAGCAUAACAGAAAAGCUGCAAGCAGAGCUGCGAGAAACUCGUUGUAAGAUCAAGGCAGUGGAGAAUAUGCAUAAGGAAGAAAUCAAAACCGUCAAAGAGGAACUGAAUAUUCUUCUUCAACAGAGGGAUGACCUACAAAAACAGGUGGAAGAGUUGACAUCUCAGCUAGCAGCUUCCCAAGAGUCCCAGCAAGCAAUUGGCCACAAAGCUCAGCAGGAUCUGAAUGAGGCACAGGAAUUGUCAAGGCAGAAGGUACUGGAGGUUGUGCACCUCCAGAGGAUUUUGGCUGAAGAGAGGAGCCAGUGGGAAGAGGUAGAACAUCAGAACAAAAAGCUGCAAGUGUGUCUGCAGUCCUUGGAGGGGGAAAGGAGUCGAUGGGAAGAAGUGGAGCGUCACAAUGCAGAAUUUGAGGCUUCACUGAAGGUCCUAGAGAGUGAAAGAGCCAGGCUGUCUCUGUCUCUGGAACAGAAGGAACUGAGCCUCAAGACCCUGGAAGAAAACAACCUUGCCCAGCAGAACGAGGUGUCUAAACUACUUUCUGAUAUUCAACAGGCCCAGCAGCUCCAUUCAGACCACAAAAGAGAAAUACAAGAGCUCAACAACCAGGUACAGUCACUGCAGGAAGUGGUGCUGGAGAAGGAGGCUGGCCUGGCAGCUCGGGAGAAGCAGCUAUUACAGGAUCUGGAGAAGUCCCGAGCCGGUGAACUGUGCUUGAGAGACUCUUUGCACGUGCUGGAGGCUGAGAUGGCUGAACUUCAUCUGAGGCUUUGUAGCACAGAGAACAGAGCAAAGGCAUUGGCUACAGAGUGCCAGCAGGCUAACAGCGCCCAUUGUGAAGCCCAAUCACAAUUGGACAAACUGCAAUUGGUUCUCCACCACAUGCUGUGUGACAGCACUGAUACAAGCAGAGGCCUAGUCACUUGGAGUUCAGAACAGGAUCGUGUCUGGGGCCUAACUGUUUCUCAGGCCAGGGAAGUCCCUGUAGAGCUCACAGUGGACGGAGUGGCAGCAGCCAUAGAAGACCUGCGUCAGGACCUGAGGCAGACUCAGCAAGAUCUGAAUGAUGCCAGGAAGAAAAUACAGGACCUUGAGCUGGAGCUGAGCAAGAGGCAAGCUGAGAGGGACCACUUCAGUGCAUGCAAUCAAGAACUACAGAAGCAGUUGACUCGAUGCCAGGAAGAGAGGCAGAUGGCAGAAGACAAGAAGAACUCUCUACAAGCUGCCUUGCAGGCAGAGACUGCUGCUCUAAAGAAGGAAGCUAUGACUCUACAUCAAGAGGUGGCAUCUUUGGAAAUGAAACUUGAGAGCACUGAGAAGCAAAGAAAGGAUGUGCUGCAUGAACGGGACAGACUGCAAGCAGUUGAAGAAAAACUAAUGUGGGAGAUAAAACUUCUUCAGGAAUCAGUCACAGCCUCUGAAACACGAGCAAAUACAGCAGCAGAAAUGAAUCACUCCCUUGAACAAGAACUUCAAACUACAUUGUCUAUCUUAAAAAUAAAAAAUGAAGAAGUGCAAACUCAGUGGGAGAAAAUCCAGAUGCUACAGAAAGAAGCAGCAGAUGUAAAAGCUUUGAAGGAGAAUCUUACUCAAACGAAUGCCAUCCUAUCAAAGAGAGAGGGAGAAAUGAAGUUAUACCAGGAACAGAUGAGAAUACUGGAAAACCAGGAAGAAAUGCAUAAAAUGACUCUAGAUCAGAUUAUUAAGGACAUUAAAGAGAAAAAAGAGAAGACAGAAUCCCAGCAAGAACAAAUAAAGGAGCUAGAGAAGCAGCAAGAAAAACAGAUGAUUGCUGCAAGCAAGAUGAGCAAAGACCUGGAAGACAGAGACCAGGAGAUCAGAACCCAGCAAGAAAUGAUACAUGAGCUGGAGAAGCAACAAGAAGUGCAGAGGACUGCUGUGAGUAAGAUGACCAAAGACCUGGAAGACAGAGACCAGGAGAUCAGAUCCCAGCAAGAACUGAUACAGGAGCUGGGGAAGCAACGCGAAAUGCAGAGGACUGCUGUAAGCAACAUGAGCAAAGACCUGGAGGAGAGAAAACAGGAGAUCAGAUCCCAGCAAGAACUGAUCAGGGAGCUGGAGAAGCAGCAAGAAACGCAGAGGACUGCUGUGAGCAGGAUGAGCAAAGACCUGGAAGACAGAGACCAGGAGAUCAAAUCCCAGCAAGAACUGAUCAGGGAGCUGGAGAAGCAGCGAGAAACGCAGAGGACUGCUGUGAGCAGGAUGAGCAAAGACCUGGAAGACAGAGACCAGGAGAUCAGAUCCCAGCAAGAACUGAUACAGGAGCUGGGGAAGCAACGCGAAAUGCAGAGGACUGCUGUAAGCAACAUGAGCAAAGACCUGGAGGAGAGAAAACAGGAGAUCAGAUCCCAGCAAGAACUGAUCAGGGAGCUGGAGAAGCAGCAAGAAACGCAGAGGACUGCUGUGAGCAGGAUGAGCAAAGACCUGGAAGACAGAGACCAGGAGAUCAAAUCCCAGCAAGAACUGAUCAGGGAGCUGGAGAAGCAGCGAGAAAUGCAGAGGACUGCUGUGAGCAGGAUGAGCAAAGACCUGGAAGACAGAGACCAGGAGAUCAAAUCCCAGCAAGAACUGAUCAGGGAGCUGGAGAAGCAGCGAGAAACGCAGAGGACUGCUGUGAGCAGGAUGAGCAAAGACCUGGAAGACAGAGACCAGGAGAUCAAAUUCCAGGAAGGGAAAAUAAUGAUUCUAGAACAACAUGGUACAUCACAAGUGAGAAGUCUGCUAGUGGAUCUUGAUCAUAUGAAAGGAAACUUGCAGGAGAAAAAUUUAGAGCUUAUGUCUCUGACUCAGCACAUCAAAGAACUGGAGAUGGAGAGAGAACAGGUGAAAUCUUUGCACACAAGUCUUGAACGCCUUGGGGCAGUUCUUAGAGACAGAGAGAGUGAGUCUGACACUCAGAGGGAUCAGUUGAGACUCUUCCAGCAGUACAAGGAACGUCAAGAGGAGUACUUGCAAGAGCUUCAUGGUAAAAUAGAAAAGAUGACCCUUUCUUUAUCUAAAAAAGAUCAGGAGCUUGAGUCACAGCAAAAACAAAUUCAGGAAGCUGAAGAAGUCAUGGAAAUGAAGUUGAAGACUGUCCAUGAUCAACUGGAGCAGACAUUAGAAACUUUAAAAGAAAAGGACAAACUCCUAGACAUCCAAAAGCAACAAACAAGGAAACAUGAGGAAAAAACAGAAGAACAAAUUAAUGUCUUAUAUAAAGACUUAGAAUACACUAAGGCAAUAUUGAGAGAGAAGGAUUUCAUGAUUGAAUCUCAGAAGGAACUGAUUGAGACUUUCCAAAAACAAGAAAAAGACUUUGAGCAGCAGAAGGAAAUUCUGCAACAUCUUAAAGUGGCUCUAAAGGAACAUGAGCAAGAAAUUAUAUCACUUAGAAAACAAUGUGAGGUGUGCAAAGAAAAGGAGGAAAUGCUUGAAGCUGAUCAAGCAAGUCUUCGAGAAACAAAAGUGACUCUGAAAGAAAGGGAAAGAAAGAUAGAGGUACUGGAGGAGACUAUCUCUAAGCUUCAACAGCAAAAUGAAGAGGCAGUGAUGCAGAGUACAGCUAUACUGCAAAAACUAGAAUAUGCUGAAUCUUCUCUAGCAGCUAGAGAUCAAGAGAGAGUGUCUCUGCAAGAGCAUGUCCAGGAACUUCGAGAGCAGAAGGAGUUAGAAGGCAAACAGGCCAAGAGUCUACAGCAGGAUCUAAACAAAAUGAGCCAAACAAUGAAAAAGAAAAAUUUGGAGAUCCUUAAGCAGUCAGAGCAGAUUAAUGUCUUCCAGCUUCGUGAAGAAAGCAUGAAAGUAGCACUAACAUCUUGCCAGAAUCAAGUAAAUCUACUUGAGGAAGUGUUGAGGAAGAGAGAUGAAGACAACAAAACUCUUAUGCAAAAACUUCAACUACAAGAAGAAGAACUGAAGACCUUGCAGAAUCUCCAGCUUAUGCUAACUGAGAAGAAAGAAGAGAUUAGACAUCACAGAGAGCAAGAGAAGCUCCUGGAAGAAGCCUUGCAUGAGAAACAAUGGGAGACUAAGGCUCAAGGUGAACAAAAAAGGUUAGAAGAUGAGGAAAUGAGAGGUCUUCAGGAAGAUGUCCAGCACAUUCAGCAGAUGCUGAUAAAGAAGGAUGAAGAGAUCAAGUGCCAGAGAGACAGAGUCAGGUAUUUAGAGAAGACUCUGACAGGGAGAGAACAAGAGCUUAGGAGGCAGAGUGAACUCCUGAAACAAUUAACGUCAGCUUUGCGAUGGAAGGAUGAAGGGGAGACCCUAAAGAAACAAAUCCAGAAACUCCAAAAAUGGGAAGAAGAGGAAGCAGAGAAGAAGAAAGUUCUCCGGGAGAGAGACCUCUUCUUGAAAAGGCAGAAGGAGCUAGCCCAGCAACUGGAAGAUGAGAGAAAAGUAAAAGGAGAAGAAUUGAAGCGUAUGAUUGCUAUUUUGAAGCAGACUGAAAGUGGAGAAAUCGAAUGGAAAGAGAAAGCACAAGCACUGACUCUUGCCCUUACUAAGAGUGAAAUGGCCAAUGGGACUUUGAGGGAAGAAAUAGCCAUCUUGCAAAGUAUGGUUUUAGACAGGGACGAGGACCGGUUUCAUCUUCAGCAGGCUAUUGCAGAAGGGGAGCAGCUAUCAUGGGUCUCAGAGAAGAGACUCCUGUGGCAGCGGCUGGAGAGUCUGCAGCAAGCAAUUGCAAGGCUGGAACAUGAAAAGACUGAGCUGAAGCAACUCAAUGCUGAGCUCAGGAGGACUCUUGAGCAGGUGGAACGUGAACGAAGGAGACUGAAGAGAGGUUAUAGUGGUCAGUCACUGCCAGGUGCAUGCAAGUCUUCUCUGUCAGAGUCUGAUGAAGACAAGAUGCCUGCUUCUAGACAGGAGGAGGCUCAUGCUCUCUCCAGUCAAUUCGCUGAGUUACAGAAUCAGGUUACUCUUCUGCAGCAGCAGUUGGCACAAGAACGAAAAUACAAGCAGGACUAUAUUGAGUGUUGUGCAAAGACCAGCCAGGAGCUGUCAGACCUUCACCAAGAGCUGUCUUGCUCCUUGGCAGCUGUGGUCAGGGAGCCCAAAGCUGCUGUUCUGGAGGCAGAGACCCAGAAGCUGGAUCGGUCUCUGAACCGUACCUUGGCACUGAUGUCUCUGGACUGUGAGUAUCCUGAGAGACAGCCAUUGCAUUCAACAGUCAGAUCCACCACAAGGGAUGGCCUGAGGUAA